UAACGAUUCGGCUACUUUAGAUCUGGAAGCCCUGGCUAACAUGAAAGUACACAGAACCAUCUCAGAAAGUGCAUCUGAGCAACUUUCAAGUCUUCUAUCCACUAACGCUUUCCCAUAUGUAUCUACCUUGUUUAUCAAUAAGUUUCACAUAGUUUUUUCCAAUGUUGAAAAUGAUCCGGUUGAGAUUCCAGCUACAAAUGAAAAUGUUGAAAAGGUUGAAGAAAAUCUGGAAGAUUCUGAUGUAGAAAAGUUGUUUCUUCAGGAUCCGAAAAUCAGCUUUGUAACUAAAGAAAAUGGUCCAGAAAACAAUGAAAAAACUACCAUAUGCACUUGUAAUUGCGAUUCCCGAAAUGGUCUUCCCAGUGUAAUUUUUCAUUUAAUAGACACCAAUUUAGCGAAUGUGUUUUGCGCAGACUUAAUGGGAAACUACAUUGCUCUGGGAGCCUCGGAUAAUGCAAUCAGAACAAUAGAUCUACUUCAUUCCCAAAUUGAAACGGUUAAGCAGUCCUUAUCUGAAAGUGAAAAUAUCAAGCAAUUGACUGAAAGUUUGCCUGAAGAUAAGUUUUUAGAGGGUAUUUUUGAAGAGGAAGAACUUUCGCGCGGUAAUAUUAAAUCUCUCGAAAUACUUCACGGUCAUCAUAAACCAGUUUACUCGGUCAAAUUUGCAAACACGUGGCCCUAUUUGCUAUCAUGCAGUGGUGACACUGAUUGUAGGCUAUGGGAUGUGACUACUCGUAAGUCUAUUGUCAGAUACUCGGGCCAUAACUUCCCUCUCUUUGAUGUGGACAUAGCAAACCAUGAUUUGUACUUUGCAUCAGUGGGUCAAGAUAUGACUUGUAGGCUAUGGACAUUUGAGAACUCUACAAGUCCUCUGAGGAUUUUGUGCAGGCAUGAAGCGACUGUGAAUUCGGUGAAUGUUCAUCCGAAUGGAAAGUUUUUGCUCACCGGCGGAAAUGAUUGCGUCUGUGUUAUGUGGGACAUAGACAAAGGAGAACAUGUGCGAAUUUUCAGUGAGCAGCAGACUCAAGUUUCAUGCGUGAAGUUUUCGCCCAAUGGGCAGUUUGUAUCCGUUGGAUCCAAAACGGGAGAUGUCCUCAUGUACGACAUCCGAUCUUCAAAACUUCUCUGGAAAAGCAACCAGUUCUACCCUUCAACAUCUAGCGUCUCAAAACUUUUUGCUGGUGCCGUCAAAUCACUGGAGUUUUCAGACGACAGUAAAUCUCUGUACAGCUCUGGUAUAUCUGAAAAAGUUUGUUUUUGGGAUUCAGAUAAUGGUCGACUCAUGAACAAAGUAGAAAAUGAAAAUUGUGCGAGUGUAUUUUGCAGUAGAUACGAAAGCGUUGAUACAUUGAGCUUGGUCGCGUUACGGACAUCUUGUUUAGAGUAAUAAAUAAUAAUCUUCUUGUUUUAUCUGCUUUGUUAGUUUAUCUGUUUAAAAAUUGAAGUUUAUCUUGAAUAAAUUGAUGUUUCUCUAUUUCUAGAAUUCAAAACUUAA